AAGGUUGCGGGUGGUCGGAGGCAGGUCUUGCGCCCGGGGGCGGGGCUCUCCGUACUCCCCACGAUGCUGCUGCUGUGCGUGUGGAUGGUCGCAGCCUCCGCGCUGGCAGUGCCAGCUCCCGGGACCAGUGGGAAGUGGCGGGGAGCGGUUCAGGCUUGGCCCGAAGAGCCUAAUGUGGUGCUAGUUGUGAGUGAUUCCUUUGAUGGAAGGCUAACAUUGUAUCCAGGAAAUCAGGUAGUGAAACUUCCUUUUAUCAACUUCAUGAAAGCACAUGGCACUUCCUUUCUGAAUGCCUACACAAACUCUCCCAUCUGUUGCCCAUCACGUGCAGCAAUGUGGAGUGGCCUCUUCACCCACUUAACAGAAUCUUGGAACAACUUUAAGGGCCUAGAUCCAAAUUAUACAACAUGGAUGGAUAUCAUGGAGAAGCAUGGCUACCGAACACAAAAAUUUGGAAAACUGGACUAUACUUCAGGACAUCAUUCCAUUAGCAAUCGUGUGGAAGCAUGGACAAGAGAUGUUGCUUUUUUACUCCGACAAGAAGGCAGACCUAUGGUUAACCUUAUCCCUAAAAAGACUAAAGUAAGAGUAAUGGAAGAGGACUGGAAGACUACAGACAGAGCAGUGAACUGGUUAAGAAAAGCAGCAACUAAUCACACUCAACCAUUUGUUCUGUAUUUGGGAUUAAAUUUACCACACCCUUAUCCUUCACCAUCUUCAGGAGAAAAUUUUGGAUCUUCAACAUUUCAAACAUCUCAUUAUUGGCUUAAAAAAGUGUCUUAUGAUGCCAUCCGAAUCCCAGAGUGGCUGCCUCUGUCAGAGAUGCACCCUACAGACUAUUACUCUUCGUACACAAAAAACUGCACUGGGAAGUUCACAGAGAAAGAAAUUAAGAACAUCAGAGCAUUUUAUUAUGCCAUGUGUGCUGAGACAGAUGCCAUGCUUGGUGAAAUUAUUUUGGCUCUUCACCAGUUAGGCCUUCUUGAGAAAACUGUUGUCAUAUACACCUCAGACCACGGCGAGCUGGCCAUGGAACACCGCCAGUUCUACAAAAUGAGCAUGUAUGAAGCAAGCGCCCAUGUCCCACUCUUGAUAAUGGGGCCAGGGAUUCAGGCCAACCUACAAGUAUCGAAUGUGGUUUCUCUUGUGGAUAUUUACCCUACUAUGCUUGACAUUGCUGGAAUUCCUCUGCCUCAGAACCUGAGUGGAUACUCUUUGUUGCCAUUAUCAUCAGAAAUAUUUAAGAAUGAGAAUAAAUUUAAAAACCUACAUCCACCCUGGAUUCUCAGUGAAUUUCAUGGAUGCAAUGUGAAUGCUUCCACCUACAUGCUUCGGACUAACCAGUGGAAGUACAUAGCCUACUCUGAUGGUGCUUCAGUAUUGCCUCAACUUUUUGAUGUUUCCUCAGAUCCAGAUGAACUAACAAAUAUUGCUACAAAAUUUCCAGAAAUUGCAUAUUCUUUGGACCAGAAGCUUCGUUCCAUUAUAAACUACCCUGAAGUUUCUGCUUCUGUCCACCAAUACAAUAAAGAGCAGUUUAUCAAGUGGAAACAAAGCUUAGGGCAAAACUACUCAAAUGUUAUAGCAAAUCUUAGGUGGCAUCAAGACUGGCUGAAAGAACCUAGGAAAUAUGAAAGUGCAAUUGAUCAGUGGCUUAAAACCAAUAGUAACCAAAAGAAAUAUGAAAAUGAGAAACUGUUUCAGAACUAUAUAGAAAUACUUUAAAAGAUCAUGAUUAAUUAUGUAUUUUAAGUGUUUGUUUUAAUAAUUACUGUAUUUUUAAAGAAUGUACACUAUUUUAAAGUAAAAAACAAUCAUUAUAGAAUUAUAUAUUUUCGAAAAUAUUAACAUCUUCUUACUAACUUCUAACAACUUCAUGGAAGCAUUAAAAGAAUGGAAGCAAAUGGUAGAAUAUAAAAUUAUAUUCCUCUGAAUAAUAUGGAAUGUAGAGUAACUAUUAUUGAUUAUUACUUAUGAACCAUAAAAUAGUAAUUUGUGAGUA